AGAUGAUUGCAUAAUGCUCCUCAACAUCUGACUAGCAAGUGUUGACACUUUGUGACGCUCUGCCUAUUUGCUGUUUUGAAGUUCGUCCUCAGUGCAGGUCAACAGAGUAAAUUGUUGGAGUACCAUGGCUGCCAUCCUUCACCACUGCCCCUUUCUUAAGUCAGUCCCUAAGACAGCUUUGAGGAGAACUGGGGCCUCCUUGCUGUCUAUGGCCGAUCACUGUCCCAUUAUAGCUCGCCAGAUCAGUGUGAGCAGCCUACCUUCCCUGGAUGCCAAGCUGAGCGACUCACCCACCAAAACCAAGACUCAUCGACUUCUCACGGUGGAUCAAAGAAGGCUGGUUGCUCAAACGGCCACUCAGGUGGCAGUGUCUGUAUCGAAGGGCUGCCCUUUUGUCAGCUCUCAGAUUGGGAUGGUCCGAGCCAGCCCUGAAGUGCAGGAGGAUGUGCAAGAAGGCAUGAUGACUUCUCUGUUGAAGGGUUUAAAGAAUUCAAUUCUCCUAGCAGCAGAUCAAACCAACACUGUCACCCACCUCCUCAAAGACAACAUGGUUGGUCCCAGCUAUGAUUAUGACGGCUUCUUCACUGAGAAAAUUGCUGAAAAGAAGAAGGACCACACCUACAGAGUCUUCAAGACCGUGAACCGGAGCGCUGAAGUCUUCCCUUUUGCUGAGGAUUACUCCAUCUCUGGCCGGGAGGGCUCCCAGGUGUCUGUGUGGUGCAGCAAUGACUACCUGGGCAUGAGUCGGCAUCCGCGAGUCAUCAGUGCCAUCAGAGAUUCCCUGGACAGGCAUGGUGCAGGAGCAGGUGGGACCAGGAACAUCUCAGGCACCAGUAACUACCAUGUAGCUCUGGAGAAGGAGCUGGCCGAGCUACACCAAAAAGAUGCAGCUCUGGUCUUUUCCUCCUGCUUUGUGGCAAAUGAUUCCACCCUCUUCACCCUGGCUAAGAUGCUGCCAGGGUGCGAGAUCUACUCUGAUGCAGGGAACCAUGCAUCAAUGAUUCAGGGCAUCAGGAACAGUGGAGCCAAGAGGUUCAUCUUCCGCCACAAUGACAGCCGACACCUGGAAGAACUGCUGCAGCGCUCUGACCCCAAGACACCCAAAAUAGUAGCAUUUGAGACUGUGCAUUCUAUGGACGGUGGCAUAUGUCCUCUAGAAGAGAUGUGUGAUGUAGCUCACCGUCAUGGAGCUCUGACAUUCGUCGAUGAAGUUCACGCUGUGGGCCUAUAUGGAGCCCAUGGAGCAGGAGUGGGAGAGAGGGACAAUGUUAUGCACAAGAUUGACAUUGUUUCUGGGACCUUAGGCAAAGCCUUUGGCUGUGUGGGAGGCUACAUUGCCAGCAGCACCGACCUGGUGGACACAGUGCGCUCUUUCGCAGCUGGCUUCAUCUUCACCACUGCCCUGCCCCCAAUGGCUCUGUCUGGAGCUCUGGAGUCUGUGCGGGUCCUGAGGAGCCCUGAAGGACAGGUGCUCCGCAGAGCCCACCAGAGGAACGUCAAACACAUGAGGCAGCUGCUCAUGGAUAAAGGCCUGCCUGUGGUCAACUGCCCCAGCCACAUCAUCCCCAUACGGGUGGGUAACGCUGAGCUGAAUUCCAAAGUGUGUGACAUCCUGCUGGAGAGACACAACAUCUAUGUCCAGGCUAUCAACUACCCCACUGUGCCUCGCGGUGAGGAGCUGCUGCGCCUGGCUCCAUCUCCUCAUCACGACCCCACCAUGAUGAACUACUUUGUGGAGAAACUGGUGGAGGUGUGGGAUGAGGUAGGGCUUGGGAUCAACAGCCUGGCUACAGCUUCCUGCACCUUCUGCGACCGCCCCCUGCAUUUUGACCUUAUGAGUGAGUGGGAGAAAUCCUACUUUGGCAACAUGGAACCACAAUACAUUACUGUGUCUGCAUAAGACCAAAGCAUGUGUAGAUUCUCAACACAAGUUACAUAUAUAGUUUAUAUACAAAUGUAAUGCUACAGUGUACUCAGAAUCAUUUUAAAUGAUAUAGUCCUACUUCAUGUGCAUUGAGAAGAAUAUUAAUGUACUGACUUUGUUCUUCUUACAUGUCAAUGUAUGGACUACAUUACAGCAUUUAUUUAUGUUUUCCUGUAUUUAUGCUUACUAAAUAGUUUUUGCUGUCAUGGAUAUGAUUAAAGAAAAUUGUGCCUCUUCCAAUUUGAAAGCAUAAAACCUGCACGUUGGGCACUUUCUUAAAUCUUAUAUCUAGGUGUGAUGGUUUGAAUUAACAAUGCUAUUUAAAUUCAUGUCGUGUGAUUUCCUUCAUACUAUGUGAUAUAACCAUCAUGGUUUGCCUGCAAUAUUUUCAGUUACUGAUCUUUACCUUCAUUUCAGUCUCACUGAGAAGACCUCCAUCCAUCUUAUGUCUGAAUGCCAAAGUAACUGGUUCAUUACAUAAGUUAUAAAACUCAAUAAAAUAAAAUAAAAUACA